UUCAGUGAAGGAGCGACGCCAUCCGGACACGCUUUUGUUUGUGGAUGAACACCUCCAACCCGUUUCGGAAAUGUGGACAGAAAUUGGGAAAUUAUUAUUUUUUCAUUUUUUACUUUCGGAAUUCUACUCAGCAAAAGGUACCGAAACUGGCACUGAGACGGAGUGCGAGGAUGGACAGUUUCAGUGUAACAAUAAGAGAUGCAUUCCCACCAUAUGGAGAUGCGAUGAUGAUGAUGACUGCUCUGACAACAGCGAUGAGGAGAACUGCCUGAAGAUCACAUGCGCACCCUCAGAAUUUGCGUGUGCGAACGGUCAGUGUGUAUCUGGGCGUUGGCGUUGUGACGGAGAACCUGAGUGUACAGAUGGAUCAGAUGAGGCUGAUGCCACCUGCACAGUCAAACAGACAUGUCCACCAGAGAAGUUUGACUGUGGAGGGAAGUGUGUGUCGCUGUCCUGGCGGUGUGACGGAGAAAGAGACUGCGAAAAUGGUGAAGAUGAAGCAGAUUGUGCAGCAGACGCAAAGUCCUGCUCAGCGGGGGAGUUCCAGUGUCGUAACCGUAAAUGUUUAGCACCGGUCUAUGUGUGUGACGGUGAUGAUGACUGUGGAGAUGGCAGCGAUGAGGAGAAGUGCUCUCCGCCCACCUGUGGGCCGCACGAGUUUCGCUGUAACAGCUCAGAGUGUGUGCCGCAGCCCUGGACCUGUGACGGAGACCCUGACUGCUCUGACGGUUCUGAUGAGUGGGCGGUGCGAUGCGGGGGCGGGUCUGGUCGACCAGUUCCACCCCCCACCCGGAGACUGCAGUGCGGUGCUGGAGAAUUUCGUUGCGGCAGUGGGGAGUGUGUGAGACUGACCUGGAGGUGCGACAGGGACCCUGACUGCAAGGACAAGUCAGAUGAGGCGGACUGCCCUCUGCUCACAUGCCGACCUGAUGAGUUCCAGUGCGGAGACGGAUCCUGCAUCCACGGCAUCAAACAGUGCAACAAAAUACACGACUGCCUCGACAAAAGCGACGAGGCUGGCUGUGUAAAUGCCACAAAGUGUGAAGGACCUCUGAAGUUCCUCUGCAAGAAUGGAGAAUGCAUUGACGGCAGCAAGGUGUGUGACAACGUGAAGGACUGCAAGGAUCGGUCAGAUGAACCCAAGAAGGAGUGCAGUCUUAAUGAAUGUUUGCUUAACAAUGGAGGCUGCUCACACAUCUGUAUGGAUCGUCCCAUUGGAUACGAGUGCCAGUGUCCCGCUGGCUAUAAGCUCCUGGACAAGCGGACAUGUGGAGAUAUUGAUGAGUGUGAGAACCCUGAUGCCUGCAGUCAGAUCUGCAUCAACCUAAAAGGGGAUUUCAAGUGUGAAUGUCAUCCGGGUUAUGAUAUGGACCCCGUAAGCAAGACCUGUAAAGCUGAGGGAAAAAGCCCUUACCUGAUGUUCACGAACAGGCACGAGAUCAGGCGUAUUGACCUGGUGAAGAGGGACUACACGCAGGUGGUUCCUACUCAGAAGAAUGCAGUGGCCAUUGAUAUAGACGUCGCCGCCAACCGCAUGUUCUGGUGUGAUCGUUUUCAACACAAAAUAUACAGUGCUUAUAUCCACGAGGCGAGCGACCCGUCUCGACACAUUACUCUGAUCGACUCAGAUCUGCAUUCCCCUGAGGGGCUGGCACUGGACUGGGUUCAGCACAACCUCUACUGGACCGAUUCGGGUGACAGAACCAUCUCUGUGGCUUCAGCGGAUGGCAGAAGGAGACGUGUGCUGAUCAACACCGAUCUGAGCGAACCACGGGCCAUCGCUGUGGAUCCAGAGAGAGGGUUCAUGUAUUGGUCUGACUGGGGCAUCAGGGCCAAGAUUGAGAAGGCUGGCAUGAAUGGUGUAGAUCGGCAAGUGUUGGUGUCUGAGGACAUUGAGUGGCCCAAUGGAAUCACACUUGAUGUGGUUGGUAAGCGCUUGUACUGGGUGGACUCAAAACUACACCUGAUCUCCAGUGUGGAUUUAAACGGGGCCCAUCGCAGAGUCAUCCUGUUCUCCAGCGAGAGACUCGGCCACCCUUAUGCCCUCGCUGUGUUCGAGGAUCGGGUGUACUGGACGGACCGUGAGAAGGAGGCCGUUUACAGCGCAAACAGACUCACAGGGCAGGAUGUGACCAGCCUUGCCGAGCACCUCAACGACCCUCAUGAUAUUGUGGUUUUCCAUGAGUUGAGCCAACCUGGGGCUCCUGACAGCUGUAACCUGGGCGGCGUGACUAACGGUGGCUGUGACUUCCUUUGUCUGCGAGCUCCUCAGAUCAGCGAACACUCACCCAAAUACACCUGCGCUUGCCCUGAUGGCGAGGAGCUCAGCCCUGACACACGCCAGUGUGUACCCGUCCAAAACGACACUGCCGUAACCUCUACUGUCCCUAUCAACAUCACCGUGGAGACAGGGGCUGGCCGGGCACAACAGUCCCCUGCAGCAGUGACUUCACAGUCCGACAGUGUGGUUGAAACCACUUUCUCAUCGCUCCUCACUUCCAGCCCAGAGGAAUCGGCUGUCUCCUCUAAUGCUACAGCAGAACACAGUCCUACACAGACAUCCAUAACCACACCAGGAGACCUGAGCAACCUGUCUCAUCACUCUGGCAAUGAGUUGUUUCUCCUUGGCCGUAAUCUGACAGUGGCAGUGCUUGGUGUCGUAAUUCCCAUAGUUCCUAUUGUUGCCACAGUGGUCUUCGGGGUGCUGUGUGCCGGCGUUUAUCUUGUUUACCGCAACUGGAGGAGGAACAGCACCAAAAGCAUGAACUUCGACAACCCAGUCUACCGCAAAACCACAGGAGAGACGGAAGAGGACGAGAUACAUAUUGGUCGGACUGACGGGCUCGCUGGUCAUCACCACCCUUACCCUGGACCCGUGGUCGGCAUGACGCCAGUCGGCACAGGGACAUGCCCGCCGUUCAUCGCUCUGCCUUUGGGGACCGGUUUACCAGACCCUUCCACACACUGGUACACAGAGCAACCCACCAUCUCUAGUACUAAGUGAAAAGGAGAUGACUUUAGAAAUACUGUGACUGCAGGGAGCAGGACUGAUAUGUGGCUGCCAAGCUAUGCAGGAAUAGCAUUUUAUCAAGCUGAAUCAUUCUUAAAAUGGCCAGGUUUUAAAGUUAGCUGCAGCAUGCUGGAGUGCAAACACUGGAUGAUUACUAAACGAAAAGGUUUAUCAUUUCAGACCCAUAUUCAUCUGGUCCAUUUUAUCAUCAUUUUAUUGCUAGUUGGAACUAUCAGGCCAAGCCUUUUCAAACCUGCAUUAUUAAUAUUUAUCCUAAAAUCAUAGAGAAAUCUAGAACAGUAACUUGCUUUAAAUUUACUACUGAAAUAUUGGAACUAGUCUAUUAGACUAUUAAUGUCCAGCACUUUAGCUAAAGCUGUAGAGAGGAAAAAAUGAUCCUUUUUACUAACAUUGCUUUGUUUGAUUUAGGGUCCAUUUACACGACACCAUUUUAAACUAAAAACUGAAAACUUUUUAUACGUUUUGGCCAUUCAUUUACACAAAAACGGCAAUUUGUGGGCCUGAAAAUUCUAACUUUUGAAAACAGAAGGAAGUUUGAAAGUUUUUGAAGUUUUUGAAAAACACAAAUUUGUGAAAACAGUGACAUCAUAUGCAUGCGUAUUACAUGUUCAGUCUAUAGGCGCGUAGUGUUUCUUUACAAAGUGACAUCAACUACUGGUCUGGCAUGAAAAAUACAGCAUUUUUAGUCAUUUUUGCGUAUCCUUGUGAACGGGGAUUGUUUUGACAAUGUUGUCGUCUGUACGCAAAAAAACAAAAAGGAAAAACUUUUUACGUUUUUAGUACAUCGUUGUCGUGUAAACGUACCCUUAGUCAUCAGGCAUGUUUCCAAAAUUAAUUAAUUAACCAAUUAAUUAGAAUUAAUGAAUUCAUUUAUUAAAAUUUAUAUUAAAUUAAAUAUAUUAAAUGAUCAUAAAGUACUUUUUAAUAGGCUUAACAAAACAAAUAGAUGCGUUUGCAAAAGUAACAUUUCCAGAUGUAGACCUUUGAUGGCUCAUGGGCAAACAAGCAAUUUGUGUCAUGACUUCUAAUUAUAGAAAUGUUUAAUAAUGAAAAAAAUGUAUGAACAGUUCAAGAAAUGUUUAAAAAAUUUGCUACAUUUCUUAAACCAUUAACCUGUAUCGCAUAUUAUACAGUACAACUGUUUUAUUUUAACAAUCAUUGACCAGUUGCCUCAUUAUAGACACAACAAAGAUGAGCUAAAGGGAUAGUUCACCCAAAAAUGAAAAUGAUCCCAUGUUUUACUCACCCUCAAGCCAUCCUAGGUGUAUAUGACUUUCUUCUUUCAGCCGAACGCAAUCAGAGUUGUAUUAAAAAAUAUCCUGGCUCUUCCAAGCUUUGUAAUGUGAUUGAAUGGAGCCAGAGUUUUUGAAGUUCCAAAAAGCACAUCCAUCCAUCAUUAACAUAUUCUAUACGACUCCAGGGGGUUAAUAAAAGACUUUUAAAGCGACGCGAUGAAUUUUUGUAAGAAAAAUAUCCAUAUUUAAAACAUUGGUUCCCGGCAACGGCCGUACACGAGUCUAGUUCCGGCAGAAGAGUGACCUCUGACCUGACGCAUGACGUAUUGAUGAACACGGAAGUGUGGAUGAUAGAGCAAAACAAAACACCAGUCACGAAUUAGAAGUCCAAAACGAGAAUGUUUAAAGAGGCCUUUUGGAGGAUUGCAAUAUAAUAGAAGAGAGUUUGUUGCCCUGCCCUAUUUGUUUGAACCGCGAGAGGCAUCUACUCUCACCUAAGCUUACGCUACUCCGCCAGAACUCGACUUGUGUAUGGCCGUUACCGGAAGCCAGCGAUUUUAGUUUAUAAAGUUAUAAAUAUGGAUAUUUUACAAAAACGCAUUGUUUCACUUCAGAAGGCCUUUAUUAACCCCCAGGAGCUGUAUGGAUUACUUUUUUGAUGGAUGGUUGGAUGCGCUUUCUGGAACUUCCCAUUCCCAUUACAAAGCUGGGAAGAGCCAGGAUAUUUUUAUAAAUAACACUGAUUGUGUUCGGCUGAAAGAAGAAAGUCAUAUAUACCUAGGAUGGCUUGAGGGUAAGCAAAUUAUGGGAUAACUUUAAAGGUUAACAUGAAAUCAAAAUGGACUUAUUUACUUUCCUAUGUGUUUGGUCAUACCAUGCGCGAUUCAUCUCUGCAUAAUAAUCCAAAGAAAAAAUAUUUGUUUUCAUAAACUUGCUUUAAUUCCGAAACAACUUUUGUUUAUGGCUGACGCCCCUCCAACCACCCGUCAUAUGGAGACCACUCUUCAUGAUCCAAUCAAUUGCCAAUUAAUAAAAUCAAGUCCUACCCUUUAUUCCUCAUGAAAUAUUUGAUUUUCAUUCAGAAAUAUGUCACAUUAUGAAAGUAAAAUGGGCUGCAAAUGUUUUUUCAUGUUGACUUUAAAGUGCCCCUAUUAUGCUGUUUUAAAGGUUCCUAAAUUUGUUUUGGAGGUCUCCUACAAUAGGUUUAAAUGCAUCCGAGGUCGUUUUUCUCAUAAUACACAUUGCAUAUCACCUAAUUUCUCAGAGUCUGAAAACGGUUUGUUCGAAGAUUUAGUCUCACUAGACCCCUCCUUUCUGUGAGCCUACUCUGCUCUGAUUGGUCAGAUGGCUCAGUCUGUUAUGGUUUACUGCUUACAGCUCAUAUCAGAAACGAAAUGGCCAUUACCAUAUCUGAAUUUCAGCUCUGGAUCUUACUCAGCAAUUUGAGCCCGAGUCCUUUUGAAGUGCACAAAUAGAAUUUGCAGUGCUGAAAAUAGUGUCUUCUCGACAUGUCACACAAGCCAAACUUUUGUUCGACAGUCAAAGAAGACUAUUUGCGGCAGCCAAUGAAGAUCAUAAGCUGGCAUUAUGCAAAUGUGUUACAUUGUUACGUAGAUUUGUAACAGGAAGUGAGACUGGAAUUACUGACAACUCUUUCAGCAGUUCAGAAUCGAUUCUUUCUUUUAGGAGACAAUAACUUUAUUUGUCAUGCACUUUGAUCUUUAAAACUUUGCAGACCUUUUACAUUCACAAACAGCUAUAUUACACUACAUGAAAGGGAAUAUUUGAAAAAGCAUAAUAGGGGCACUUUAAUACUAACUUAUAAUAAAAUAUUCAUUAUUCACUUAGAGGAAAUACAUUUUAGACUGUGAAGUUAGAACCUAAGCACUAUUAAAAUAAAUUAGAUGUAAACAAAGAAAGAUAUCGAAACAAAAUAUUCACAAACUAGAUAUUUUUUGUUAGUUUCAGCAAUAUUAUCCACUUUUUCUAGCUGUGUUUGCUUCAUAGAGAGACAUUCUUUAUUCAUCACUGGCAUGCAAAUGAAAAGCCAUUGUCCUUGCAAUUACACGAGUGUCUGGUGAGGCUGCAGACACAUCCCUAUGGGGCUCCACCGCACUGCAGCUACAACUUGGCAAGGUACUGAAAUUGGCAGAGUACGCUGGUUAGUGGAGCAAACCCUAUUGUAAUCACACAGAGUCGGAAUAGAUGUUACUAGGGUCAGCUCAAGUGCGUUACGCAGUGAGGUCUCUUGUGGUCCACACCAAACUGUGUUUGCUACACGUACACCAGCAGUAAUUUCUGAAAUGUCACAGUUUCACACCCCUGUUUCUGUUAUUGGGGUUGUUGCAUGCUGAACAGGUUUGCCGUGCCGCCCACUUACAUUCACUUUCAUGUUGUUGUUUAUCUCCUGAGUGGAGAAACGGAGAGAACAUAAGCCCCAAGGGUCUAGCAUAGCUACAGGCGCUGAGCUAAAGGUUACAUAAGCACUAUGUUAAUGUCUAAACACAUUAGAAUCACGUUAACAUUGGAAAAAAAGUGUUUCAGACUGGCAUAUGUGCAGACAGCCUGCUCAGCAGAUUUAGUGCUCAUGCUUCACCGUAAUAGACGUAUCGACCUUUAAAGACGCUCUGAAAGGCCAUACAUUCCAAAUGCUGGACAUUUAUUCGUGCAGUUGUUUUUGACACAGGGGUAUCUCUGCAUUCUUCUGUCGUGUGCUGUGGGAAUGUUUAGUUUUGUCUCAGGGAGAUGGUAUAGAGAGGGGUCAGAUUUCAGUUUAUCAAUGAUAAUUGGCAUUGGAAAUAAUGUGUACAAUACAACCGCUGUCGGAAAAUGUUGAAAACAUAAAAUGCAUCUUGCUUGCCUUGCAGUGACAUUAUAUACAGUAGUUUGACCCAGGAUGUGAUGCAUAGAGUGGCUUUGGAAAGAGAUUUCUUAGAGGGCUACAUUGUCAAAAAAUGUUGAAAUAGUAGCUGAAAUUAAUCUGGUAUUGUUGUCCAGGUCACAUUACACCCUAAAAUUAAAAGAAAGAAAUUAUAUAUUUGCAUAUAGAUUUUUAAUUAAUUAAGAUUGCUCUCUGAUCAAUCUGACAAUACAGAAUACAGUAAAACUGACAUGUUAUUACAAUUUAAAAGAACUGUGUUGUAUUUGAAUAUAUUUUAAAAUGUAAUUUAUUUCUGAGAUGGUAAAGCUGAAUUUUCAGCAUCAUUACUCCAGUCUUCAGUGUCACAUGAUCCUUCAGAAAUCAUUCUAAUAUGAUGAUUUGCUGCUCAAGAAACAUUUAUAAUUAUUAUAAUCAAUGUUAAAAACAGUUGUACAUACAGCGGCUUAAUUUUUUUUUGUGGGAAAUUUGAUGUUUUUUCAAGAUUCUUUGAUGAAUAGAAAGUUCAAACGAACAUUUAUUUGACACAGAAAUCGUAUAUCUUUUUAUGCCUGGCUCACACUACAGGAGUGAUUUAUGACCGAAUUUCCCCUCCCGAGAAAAAAUCUUGUCGAGGACCUCGAUCAGCUCCGAUGUUCGGCGCAGAUUAUCUGGUAACGCGAGGCGUUCACAGAUCGAAUCUUGCACCUCCCGAUCUGCUCUCACACAAAUCGGGAAUGCCCCGAUCAUAUCAAACAUGUUUGAUAUUUAGGAUUUUAAGUCGGGAAGAUUACGUCAGUUCUUUAACAACAGCCAAUGAGAGAAGUGAACGAGAGCGCUUUGGAAAUUGCAACCGCGAAACCAGCUGCUGUAUGGGUCUGUUGGACCGUGGAGAUGGCGGAACGGUGCGUUGAAGUGUUGCAACAACACAACUCCUUGAAUAACGCGUCUUCAAAAACAUGACACAACCGUACGGACGAAGAGAAAAGCUGAGGAGAAAUCGCUAUGGCUAGCAAAUGUAAACAUACCUGUUUAUGUCAGUGAUGAAUAUGUUUACAUCUGCUUCCCAAUGAAAUCACAUGAGGUGCUCUUCUGGGUAUGAUAAUAUUAAUAAUAUCCUGUAGGGUGUGCUGUGCUACAAUUUUCAAAUCUUGUAGUGUGUGCAUGUUUGAGAUUUGUGAGAAUAAAAUCUGUGAAGAUUCUCCUUAUGUGUGUGCUGGAGCCAGAUUUCGUAUUUGGUUAGGGUUUAAAAACUCCUCUAGUGUGAGCUCGGCUUUAAUCUUAUUAAUUUCUUUUAAAAAAAAAAAAAAUGAAUUGACCUCAAAUACUAUCAUGAUGUGUAAAUGCUACUGAAACAUAAUUUUAUUUAAAGCUGCAGUCUGUAAGUUUUGCCUCUUUGUCGCCAUCUCUGUUUGAAACCUGAAAUUGCAGUUAUUUGCGGAAUUAUCUUUACAUUUGUUGUGCAUCGGCACGGCUCCUCAGCACGGAUUAAUCUAAUGUUUUCUGUCAGUCACCACACAGAUGUGGAUACUGUUCUUCAGAAUCACAGAUUCCAUGUCUUGGAAGUAUGACCAAAAUAAGAAUUUUCACCAGAAAAUGUCAUCUGAACAAGUAACAUGUGUGCCACUUUUGUUCUGACCAACUGAGAAAAAAGCAAUAAAUUAUGCUGCCAAUGGUGAUCCUCCACAUGCCAUAGGGACUCCUUCUUUAUGUAAACAGACGUGACGUAAUGACGCAAAGACGAACGGCUGCAUGCUCGAAUUUCCCACGGAAACCCACCAGUACCACUCGAAUUAAAAAACAUUAUUACAAGAUAACCGUUGUGAAUCGGGCUAAGGUAAGGAGAUAGUUUUGAACACUGGCUGGUUAUGUGCUUGCUCAAAAAUUGAUUUUGAAUCAUUUUUAACCAAAAAAAGUUACGGACUGCAGCUUUAAAAUUUUAAUGAAUACAAUUUACAUUGUUUUCAUACAGUAAUAAGAAGAUUGUCAUGAGAAUGAGAAUUACCAGGGGCAAAUGUGUUUAUUUGUCAAUGCAACAAAUCUUAAUAGUCCUAAAAAUAUACUUGUUUUUCUUUAUUUAUAAUGUAAUUUUGUUAUUUCUUUCUUUUGAUUUUGUGGUUAAAUAUGACCUGGACAUGUUCUUGACAGAUUUUGUGAGAUUCACUCACUGAGGCUUUUUCCCCUUAUAAUACUUUAUAUUAUAAGGGUGUUUUGAGUGUUGUAUCCUUUGAAUAAAUUGUCAGACAAAGGACAGAUUUCUUUUUUUAUCGUUAGGGUGUGAAGAAAGACCAGCUGUUCAUUCACAGAUUCUGCAUUCUGAUGUUACCUCAUUAAUAUUAAAGAGCAUCGCUCUAUGAUUUAAAAUAAAGACUCCCUCAUAAGAGAGGAGCAUUAAAUAUCCCGUGUGUGUGUGUGUGUGUGUGUGUGUGUGUGUGUGUGUGUGUGUGUGUGUGUGUGUGUGUGUGUGUGUGCGUGCGUGCGUGUGUGUGUGUUAAUAUGUGCAUUCAGAGUGCAUGUUUUUGUGGUAGGGAUGGGGUCUGUGUGUAAUGUGAUUAUGGAAUGGGAAGUGUAAAUAUGUUUUCAUACAAAUACUUUUGAUACACCUUUGUAAAAAUGUAUAUAAGAUUUUAGAUAACAGUAUUGCCAAUUUAAUUGGAAUAUAUGAUCAUUGUUUUCUGAUGGUAAAAUAAUAUAUUCUGCCAAAGUGUUUCUGUGCUGUUGGUAUUAUUCAUUUUUGCUGUUGCAGUUUUUUUU